AUGCUUCUAACUCUUGAGGACAAAGAUCCACGAAGAAUCUUCGAAGGCGAAGCUCUCAUGAGGAGGAUGAAUAGGGACCAUUAUCUAGGGCUUUUUUCAAGGAGUGCUCUCUGCAACGUUCUCUACCUCGGCUCUCCUCACCUGCAAGCGACCUCAGCUCACCUCUUUCCAUCGGAGACCUCAGGCUCACCUCACCUCACUGGAGACUGGAACGACUGGUCAAGUUUCCAAGCCCUAGGGCUGAUUAAGAUGAAAACAGGAUGUGUUGCUCUUUUUCUAUGUUUGAAUAUCAGCGUGGACCCACCCGAUGUAAUAAAGAUUUCACCUUGUGCCAGAAUGGAGUGCUGGAUAGAUCCAUUUUCUAUGGCCCCACAAAAAGCUCUUGAAACAAUCAGAAAAACAUUGAGUUUCCAGUAUGAAAGGUGGCAACCCAAGGCCAAAUACAAGAUUCAGUUAGAUCCUAUAGUGGAAGAAGUGAAGAAACUCUAUACUACAUGUCGCAAAUAUGCCAAAUCUGAAAGGGUUCUUUUCCAUUAUAAUGAUCAUGGUAUACCUAAACCAACUGCUAAUGGUGAAAUUUGGUUUUUUAACAGGCUCUAUAAUUGGACUCCCUCAAGUUCUUCUUCAGGAACUUCACCAAGAGACUGUAUUCUACUUGCAGCAUGUGAAGCACAUGAAACCCUACCAGAAAGUCAUGAGUUUCCUGCUGAUGUCUUCACUUCUUGCCUUACAACUCCCAUCAAGAUUGCCUUAAGAUGGUUUUGCACUCGAUCAUUACUACAUGAAUCACUUGAUUAUUCACUUAUAGACAGAAUACCUGGGAGACAAACUGAUCCUUUCCCCUCUGUCAGUGUGGUUAUUAAUUUUCUUCAAGUGAAGCUGUCAGCUCAACAUACUGACACUUACAAUGCUGAUGAAGUCUACAGUUUCUGA